UGGUGGCUCACCCGUGGCGGCGGAGGGACCUGCUCGCCUGCUCCUGCCUCACCUGCCUCAGUGCCAAGCCAGUCGCACGAGAGCCAUGGCACUGAGUGGUGGUGGCGGUGGAUGAGAGAGAGAGGAAAUAAGAGAGAAGCGGAGAGCCGAGAACGAAAUAAGAGAGAGCCAGAGAGGUUGGAGUUUUGUAUCGUCCACGUCCUCAAUGGACCCAGACAGCACCCAGAAUGGGGUCAGUAAGAAGAUGGGCCUUGCUCGCCUGGCCAAGGCUCGCAGCAUCUCCAACAGCCUAAACAACCUGCAGUUCAUUGAUGAUAACCCUGAGGGUAAAGGAGAACUUACAAGAUACUCAGACAUGCUAACCUCUGACUUCACAAUUCCUGCAGUUGUCCUGACCACCCCAACCCAGUCCCCACAAUCCCCUCUCAACCUCCCCAGCCUCCCCAAUGAUACUCUGCGAGCCCAGGAACAACACACUGAAGUACAAGGCUCACCCCUGAGGAGCUUCAGCAGGCAAGGAGCUGGCGUCAACUUAUUGCCAAACAAAAUGAAUGUGUCUACGCUGAGUGGACAGCCAACAGAAAAGAAAAACAAGGGUGCAAGUCCAGAUGACGAUGUGGUUUCUGUAGAUUCAAGUCAUGGGCAGGUGCCUUGUAGUGACCCUGAUUUUAUAAGAGGUGGGAAGUCAGGAAUAAAGGGAAGUCCACCUCAACAGAAGAUUGCUGCUGAAGGGGACAGGCAGAGUGUAAAGUCUGACAGCAUGAACAGUGGUGAUUCACCUGGGAAGAAGAGUGAGUCUUCAUCUGGUUCACCUGGGAAGAAGAGCGAGUCUUCGUCUGGCUCCUCUGGAUUUUACUCGCCCAUGCUAGCUAGGCGUUCCCGCCUGGAGCCUCCAAAAGUCAAGCGGUCAAGAUCUCUGACACGCCUCACAGAAGCCAUAAAUCAGAUACAUAACCUUUGUGUUUUCCCAGCCCAGCCAGCAGUUGCUCCUGAAAAUCAGAAAGGAGGCUCCCCACCAAGCAGCCCUUCACACCAGCCUGUCAGUCUUCACCUCUCAGCCCCAGAGGUAAUGGGCGCCUUCACCCUCACCCCCCUCAUUGCCACGCACAGUAGAAUAGACAAAGACCGUACCCAGUCUCCCAGGCUUUCAAGGCGGUCUGCGUUCAGGGAGACCCCCCAAGAUCGAAAACAGCCCAGCAUGUAUUCCCUUGAUGCAGUUGCCUCCCAACCCAGUAGUUGCCCUGAUAAGAAUUCAAGCCUUGAGGAUAUAACACCUUUACCCCAUGUGACCAACCCGAGUGAUUCACCUCCUAGUCUUUCACGUGCGUUUGUGGUAGAGAAUGGAAUUAAUACCUCUAAAGCCCCUGGUACUAAAACACCUGCUUCUCACACUAAUGGUGAGGUUUUGGAUCCCAAAACACAGGGUAGUGAACAUAGACAGAGUAGAGGGAGAUCAAAAAGCUCAAGGGGGAGACAAAAAGAGAAAGGUACAACUAAUCCCAAGAGUGGUUGUGUGUCUGCAGAAUUAAAGCAUGCAAGUACUGCCCCUCACAGCCUAAGUGCUCAAGGAGAUGGCCAAUCAACGAAGCCUUCUUUUGUACUAGUAAAGAAGAUGCGUUCUGGAAGGGCCGUGGUGUGGGACAGUUACAAGCCCAUGUCAGAGGACCAUACCAGCAUCUCCAGCAGCGACGACCGCGAGGUAGGUUGACGGCGAGGGCUUCAAGCCAUCGUUUUUACUUACCUUCAAAACAAAUCAUAGAGCAUCUCAGAUUUUUAGAACCACCCUCCCUAAAUUGAUUUAAUUCAAUAGAAAAACUAUUGAUAUUAACAUGGCAUGUAUAUACAUACCAUGUUCACUAUAAUUUAAUUUUGUUUAUGCAUAGAUGCCUUUACAAGAGCUUAGUCACCAAGGAGUAUAUAACUAGUCCUUGAUCUCACCUGUUUUGCCUUUUCCUUGAUUUUAAGAAAGAUUUUAUUUUUCUAUUUGUUAUUGCUCUAAGUUUUGAUAAUAACUUUAUAAUAAUCAGUGUCAGUAAUGAUAGUAACACUAAUGAUAUAGCACUAUAGAUAAUAAAUUUAUUUUCUGAAAAUUCAGGGAAUUGAAAUAUCUGUGAGAUCAGGUAUUGACUCCUUAGUGACUAAAUACUUGUGGAGUCAUUUUGCAAACAAAAUUUACGAAAUGGAACUACAGUGGACAGUGCAAUUACCCGGCACAAUGGAUUAAGAUUAUAUUUACCAUAUUUGGUAAAUAUGUUUUGUAUUGUGUUAAAGUUGAGGAUUUUUAAAUACAUAUCAGGUAGUUAUAGUUG